GUUUUUUAUGGUGCGUGAUGGUCUAUAUAAGAGGUCAUAGAGUCGGGAUGUUGGAAUAGCAUCAAACUCAAGCAUAAGAUUCGUCAAGAUAACUUGCCAACGAAUUAUCAAAGCCAUCGAACAUUUCAAUCUUUUUCUAUUCCUCACUAUACAAACCAUCAUGCAACUCAACAACAUCAUCGCAACUACUCUGGCCGUCCUGGCUGGCACUGUGGCUGCCCUGCCUGCCGCCAACACAGGACCUUUCCGGAUGGCCAAAAUCUCCAUCCCCAGCAACAGCACGAUGGCAAGAAACAGUACCAUUCCGAGUAACAGCACAAUAAUAGCGAGCAAGACGGUUAAGUCGGGCACUCCAUCCUUUUCUCCAUCCUCGUCUCCAUCUUCAUCAUCCCGAGCGUGGCCCAAGGUCAUGGCAUCCAACGUCGCCAACCGCACGCAGAGUGCAUCUGAGGAGCGAAAAGCGGGCCAUGCAGAGCCCAACAUGUGCCCUGAGCUCUGCUCUCUUCAGGCCCAAUCAUGUGUGGUCGCUCUCCCAGAUGAUGAAGCAUUCUGCUGGCGAACAUAUGUCGAAUGCAGUCACCGUUGCGGUCCCCAGGAGGUAACCAGCCACGUCCACUGAGUGCCAGGGGACUCUGCACGUGCUUGGAUUCCUGUCUGGUCCGGAGCGACACGGAGAAGAAAUCAGGGGAUGAUGCAUUUGGGGAGGCAAAAACUGGACGGAACGACAUAUGGCUAUGAGAUUACGAUUCAAACUGUAUGAUUAGCAAUGGGAUAAAACGGGACGAUGGACUGGUUUUUGAGUUCUGCCACUGCGCCUUUUGGCUUGUGAAGGUUGACCUGAUAAGAGCAGCAGGACUGUUCCGAA